AUGUCCAAAGGAGGUUUUCCCACCUUCCAAAAUGCUAUCUUAGGCCUUCAUAAAUCCUUAAUAAACUUUCUAACCUUCUACAGCUGUUGUGGGAAGUCCAAGGUGAAAAAGUCUAUCAGAAGGAAGAAUAAAGAUGACACAAUACAGAGUGUGUCCUUGCUUAACGAAACCUUUGAUUACAAGAAGAAAGAGCGAGUAAACUGCACCGUCUGCUUAGAAGAUGUUGAUUAUUACCAGCACAAGUUUAUACAGAGGCAGUGUGAUAAAGCAACAGGGCAUGUCAAGGAAGAGCUUAAAGGAGAGCUCAAUGAUAAAGAAAUGAUAGCUGUCAUUUAUCAGAAAUAAUAAGAAAGCAACUACUCAGGAUGAGAAAAACCGGAAGCUUUGUCCUCAAAAUAAGUUCAAGAAAAAUGAGAAACUGAGGUUGUAUGGGAUUAAACAAAAAGAACUAGAAGAGAAAAAUGAAGAGGUUCUUGAUUGUAUGGAAGCUGAUGGAAUUGCUAUCCUGACUGAAUGCAAGCAUGUGUUUCAUAACAUAUGCAUAAAUUCAUGGCUUAAACAAAAUAACACUUGUCCAAUAUGUAGAGAACAAAUAUAUCCGCGCGAUGCUGAUGGUGGAUUAGGACAAGCCUUAAUCGGCAUACUUAUACUCAACGCUCUCCUCCGAGACUCCGAAAGCAAUGGUCCUUCUUCUAGACGCUCCCGUCACUCAAGACGUUCCCAAUCCUCCAGCGAUACCUCUAGAUCAUCUCUCCCCUUCCCUCUCCCCAUAAGCCCCGACUCCAUAAGAUCAAUCCACCUCCCCUCAGGCCCAUAAAAUCCCUGCAUAAUUUCCUUCAAUUCUCCACACA